GACCUGAUCCAGGCCAUCAAUGGUGAGAGCACAGAGCUCAUGACACACCUGGAGGCACAGAACCGCAUCAAGGGCUGCCAUGACCACCUCAUACUCUCCGUGAGCAGGUCCGUGUUGAAGUCAGGACCCUGACUCUGCUCUCGGCGCUGAGUGGGCCCAGCUGCAAGUCCAGGGCCUUGUACACUCCACCUGGCCUGCAGUGAGGAGGCUCUGUCCUGGGAGUUCAGCAGAGCUGGCCCUCUUCCAGACUUUUUGGGUUCUUAGGCUCACCAGAUGACCUCUGUGAGCCUGGGUUUCCUUCUCCAUAAAGCAGGAUCACAUUCAUCACCCUCUCUGAGACCGAGGCCUGAAGGCAGGAGCUGGCCCAAUACCCCAGAGGACAGCAAGGCUCAGGCACACAGGAUCCACAUCGAUCCCGAGGCCCAGGAUGGCAGUCCAGCGACAAGCAGGUGGCCCUCAGCCACGGGGCUCGGGCCAGAAGAUGGCAGGCCAGGCUUGGGAUCUCCUUACGGGCAGUCACCUCGCCUCCCAGUCCCUCACAAUGGCAGCAGCAGUGAGGCUACUUUACUGGCCCAGUUGGGCACCCUGCACGUGUCUCCACCCCACAGCACUGACCUGGCCAGAGGCCUUUCGCGGAGCCGCGACUGCGGAGUAGACCUGGGCUCAGAGGUGUACAGGAUGCUUCGGGAGUCGGCCGAGCCGACGGCUGCGGAGCCCAAGCAGUCAGGCUCCUUCCGCUACUUGCAGGGCAUGCUAGAGGCCGGCGAGGGCGGGGAACGGCCCGGGCCUGGCGGCCCCCGGAACCUCAAGCCCACGGCGGGCAAGCUAGGCGCUCCGCUGAGCGGCCUGCAGGGGCUGCCGGAGUGCACGCGCUGCGGCCACGGCAUCGUGGGUACCAUCGUCAAGGCGCGGGACAAGCUCUACCACCCCGAGUGCUUCAUGUGCAGCGACUGCGGCCUGAACCUCAAGCAGCGCGGUUACUUCUUUCUGGACGACCGGCUCUACUGCGAAAGCCACGCCAAGGCGCGCGUCAAGCCGCCCGAGGGCUACGACGUGGUGGCGGUGUACCCCAAUGCCAAGGUGGAACUCGUCUGAGCCGCUCCCGGAACCUCCCAUCCCCGCCUCUGCUUUUUUUAAUGUCCCCGCGCACCCGUGUAAAUAUGUUUACGCCCUGCCUCUCUAAUAAAUUCCCUCUGCUUGACCUCAA